GCAGCUCACAGCAGCACACCCAUUCACUCCUCUCCUUUCACUUUGAGCGGAUUCCUCGGAUUCAAGCUCUCACUCUCGCUCUCUCCGCAGAAGGAUUUCUGGACUUGUUUGUCUGUCGGCUGAAGAAUGGCUUUGUCACAGAGGAACUGCGCUUUUCUGCUGGUUUUUGUGGCUGCGGUUUGGAUGGAGUGCUCUCAGGCGCAACACUUCUUCGGACGCUGCUCGUGUCCCAACACGGUCAAGUUUGUCAAGGGCAACAUAUCAGAUUUCGAAGUCCUUGAAAGACGUCCUGGGUGUGAUCUUACUGAAGUCAUAUUAACCCAGAGCAAUGCAAACAACUCCACUGAAAGAAUCUGCAUGAACACUGAGGGGAAGAUGGCCAAGGCUUUUCUGAGGUGCUGGGAAAGGAUAAACAAAGACGAGAGCCGCAAGAUGGAGUGUAUCGAAAGAAAGAAGAGGGCAGAGGACAAAGCCUCAAAGGACUGAAGCCCACCAGCGCGAGGAACGCAGAGGAGAGAGCUUUUUGCGGAAACUCCUGCACAGGGACUGCAGAGGACUGAGAAAUGAGACUGAGAGCUGAAGAAUGCCGGGGGUGGGGUAGGGGUGGGGGGGGGGGGGGGGAUUUGGAUGAGGGGGGGUUGGUGAUUACAAGCCAGGAAAGCAGGAAAAGACAGAAAGGAGAGAAGCUGGAGUAAAGGGACUAACAUAUGUAAAGUAACUAAAGCAGCCAGUCUGUGUAAGAACACCACUGAUGAAAUGCACCCAUGCCCACAUUUAUAUAUUUUUGCUUGUCAGUAUUAUUUAUGUUGACUUAUUUAUUUAAAAGUUUUUAUUGUUCAAAUGUUUUUAUAUCGACAGACAAAUAAAACCGAUUUUGAUACAA